AUGUAUUGCCAAAAGGACACGGAUAAAUGCAAUCCUUGUGCCGGAAAGAGGCCCCGACCCGAAAAGCCUGAUGGCAGCUAUGACACCGCGGGCGCGAUUACCGCCAUCGCGGAAGGUGGCAUGUCCGCGUUUCGGAGCAAGUUCAUUGACAACGGGUUCAUCACCAUGUCCGGCUGGGGCUACGUGGGCGCGGGCGUCAUGGAUGGUGUCCUGGGCGUGAUGGAAGCCGGGGAACCCGACAGCGCAGCUUGGAACGUCUACAAGCUGGAAAGUUAUAUCUCCGAGGCCGUGGACUACAUGAUUUGUGAAUUCAAAGAAAUCUUGGGGGACUACUUUGCAGCUUACAUGGGCUCUACACAGCUUUGCAACUACAAUAUUGGCAUCGACUCGAUGGCUGCCGAAUGGAAAGAUAAUUGUCGCCGCCGGCAGUGUUUGAACUACACGGACCUCCCCUCGGAUGAGCGGGGCGACUGCUGCACCGUGCAGACUGGCGCAGCUGAUGUGGACUGUGAGGACGCCAGCCAUGAAGAUAUCAAGCAGGGCCAGGCCUUUUGCCGGCUCAAUGGGGAGUUUUCACCUGGCACUGGAGUUUGUAGCCCUUCCCGUAGAUGCUUACAGUGUAUGACCUUCGAGAUGGCCAUCGAGGACACCAAGGAGCAGAUUAACUUGUACAAGACCUACCCGACGAACUGGGGGGCUGCCCUCGAGGGCUACAGCAACGUGGAUGCCAUCAUUGCCCUUUGCAAGGGCACCAUGAUGAUGGUCACCUUUUACCAAGAGCUGGUUUUGUUGGGAGGGAUCGGGUCGAUGGGAAACUUCCAGUCGUUUUGCUCCAGCAGCUAUGACCAGCUGAAGACCAAGAUUGACCAUCUCAUGAACAGUGCCUCACAGGUGGUCGAAGACUCCUCGUGCACGUAUGGAGAUGAUGUUGAGUUCUGUGUGCCAUCGUCGAAGUGCAGCCCUACGGGUGGACUUUGCAUGAACGAGGGCUGGACCGCUUGUCCGGCGACGUUCAAGAAGCCUGUGUGCAUCUUCACCCGCAUGGGCUGCUCAAGGCCCUACUCCAUGUUGGGGUCUUCCUAUUGCCUAGAUGCCGGGAACGCUUUUUGCGCGGGCGAUGCGGACUGCAACGUGGACGCGUGCUAUUUUGCCUGUAUGGAGCAGGAUGGCAAUUGCAAUAAGUACGUUCACGGCGUGUUCCAACACGAGAAGAAGGCGGCGACUCAGAAGCUGAAGGAGAUCUACACUGAACAGCUCCAGAACGUGACACAGUUUAUGGCCGUCUUGAAGGACUAUGCAGACAAUGGGCUCCCACAGAAUGCCUUUGGCUCCUACCGGAAAGUCGGCUACCGGAUGCCCGCUUGUACCGGCAAGACCGCGAGUCAACAGGUGGGGGAGAUUAGGGAUGAGAGUGUGAAGAUUUAUCCUGCAGAUUUGAGCUCAAGAAGGGAGGUGGACAGCAAGCUCAACUUCCUGAUCAUAAAUUUCUUGGGGGCUGGGAUUAGAGAUGAAGGAGGACAAACGCAGGGUUGCACGGUGAUUGACAUCAUCAAGAAGGUUGGUGGCAAGAGCCUAGCCAAUGUGAUGAUCAAAGGAUCAAAGGACAGUUGUACAUCGGAAGUGAUUGCGCCGACCUCAAGCGGGGAGAAAUGUGAUGCCGGACGCAUGAAGAGAUCAAAAGGGUUGGAGUUGCAUGAGCGCAUGAAGCACAGCGAUGCAAGAAAGGCGGCAAAAGUUAAAGAGAGAAGGAAUGAGAAGGAAAGCAGAGACAAGGAGCGUGUCCGAGGACACAGUGAAUAA